CUUUCCAUCAUCCAAACCAUAAAUUUGAUAGUUGCGUCACCGAUUAAUUUAGAAUAGAGCUAGCCAAGUACUGCACUCAACCAGACUGAGUCCAGUGCCCGACUGCCAGAGACAAGGGUUAAAUUGUGCUCCAACAUCAGCCCCGCAUCUCUGCUGGUGUGAUCCUCGGCUUCACGACGACAAACAGAAAAAUGGCAAGCGGAGGUCCUACGCCAAGAUCGCCCUCACUCGAGGUUAAAGACUUGACGUACAGCUUUCCGGACCGGAGCACUGGAAUUAGCAACAUCAAUCUUUCGCUGCCAGCCCGGAGUCGGACCUGCCUCAUCGGCGCCAAUGGAGCCGGCAAGACGACCCUCCUCCGCCUCCUGGCAGGCAAGCGCCUCUCCCCGCGCGGCGCCAUCACCGUGGGCGGCGUGGACCCCUUCUCCGAGGGCCUCGAGGGUGUGACGUACCUCGGGCUGGAGUGGGUGCUGAACCCGAUCGUGCGCACCGACAUUGGCGUCGACGAGCUGCUCCGAUCGGUCGGCGGGGACGCGUACCCUGCGCGGCGCGACGAGCUGGUCGAGGUGCUGGACAUCGACACGUCGUGGCGCAUGCACGCCGUGUCGGACGGCGAGCGGCGUCGCGUGCAGUUGGCCAUGGGCCUGGUGCGGCCGUGGACGGUGCUGCUGCUCGACGAGAUCACGGUCGACCUCGACGUGCUGUCGCGCUCGGGCUUCCUCGAUUGGCUCAAGCGCGAGACCGAGUCCCGCGACGCCACCGUCGUCUACGCCACCCACAUACUAGACAACCUGCACGCUUGGCCCACACACCUGGUGCACAUGCACCUCGGCACCGUCAAGGAGUGGGGUCCCGCCGCCGACUUCCUCGAGGCCCAGGGCGCCUCCAAGGACGGCAACAGCCAACUCGGUCACCUGGUCUUGGGCUGGCUGAGGGAGGAUCUCAAGGACCGCGGGCCGAGGAGCCAGCACAGGAGGGCCCCCGAGGGCAAGUCGUAUGGCGCCGGCGGGAUCGAGCUCGGCGGAUACGGAUACGAGCCCAGGGCACCACCCAAGGGCCAGUAAGGUUUCGAUUGACGCAUGGGACGGAGGAUCACAGCUGCGGUGGUUCCGCUGACUCUUUUGUCUUCGUCGGACUGCACUACUUUCUUCCGAUUUUUUCCUCUUAGUUUUUUUUUUUCUUUUUCUUUUUUUUGCUUCGUUUUCCUUUCUUUUCUUUUGUUUUCAUUGGCGGGAAGGCGUUCAACAUCGCACAGG